UCUAUAUUAUAAGGAUAAAUAUAUAUUGUAUAUUUAACACAUUAAUCAUCUAUUUUUUAUACUAAAUAAUACUAACAAUAAUUGAACAAAAACUUUUGUUCAUUCAAGAAGAAAAGCUUAAAAAAUUCUGAAAUUCUUGAAUUCUUGAAUAAUUUUAUUUUCAAUUAAAAUUUUAUAUGAAUUUUUACAAUUUUUAAUUUAUAUUUAUUCAAUUUUCUCGAUGCCUAAUACACACCGCAGUUUUUAUAUUCAUUGCGUCAUCGACAAAGCAGAAGCAAAAUUAAAGCUAGCAGACCGUUUCAUCACACGUGCAUUUUGUUUGUUGUUAACUGUAAAUCUAGUCUAGUAAUUUCUCAUAAAUAUGCCUAUUUUUUGUAUAAAAAUAAACGUGUUUUCGUGAAUAAUUAAUGUCUUCAGAGUUGUUAUAUUUUCACCUUAGAAAAUGUUUGCAAAAACGUUGACAAGCUUUUUACAUUGCAACAACAAAGACCCGAGUGUUGCAAGCAGGUUAAACCUGUUUAUUAGAUGCAUCUCAAAAACAAACUUCGAUACUAAUUUACCCAACAUCGAACGAAACCGUUCAACAAAAGAUAUUCGAAAAUCAGAAAACCUGUCUGAAAGCUCUAUAUCAAGACAAGCUCACAAAAAGAUCUCGAAACACUUUAAAAGUACUGAAAUCAAUUUUGCUCGAAAAGUUUUGGAAAAGUCCGAUGAUUAUUCCAAUUCAUUAUCUACUUCGUUGACGAUCAAGCAAAAUUUGUCUGAAUUCGAAAUUCAGGAAAUAUUGGAUAAACAAUGGCAAAGUAUGAGCAACGGGGAAGUUUUACAAAAUUUAGAGUCUUUAUCUAAUUACGCUUAUAAAAAUCCAAACAUUAUUAGUGUAUAUGAUGAAAAAGGUGUAAUGCGAAUUCUGAAAACCCGUUGCAUGCUAUUUAACGACGAUGAAUUUCGAUUGUUUUUGAAAAAUCUCGAGCAGUUGCAAGGACAGAAUAAAAAGAUAAUUCAAGGAACAUUUUGGAGGAUCAUUAAUGCUGAGUGUUUUAAACGAUCCUCUAAUUGGACAAUUGAAGAAAUUUUAAUGAUGAAUGAUCAAUUGGCAAAAUUAGAUUUAACAUGGGUACCAUUUUAUGAGGGUAGUUUACUGAAAAUGGAAGCAAAUUUUUCAAAAUUUUCUCCUGCUAAUUUAGUCCAGUAUGCAUAUUUGAUAAGAAUUAGUUCGAAAAAAAUUAAUGUAAAUUUUAAACAAUUUGAGUAUCAUGUACAUAAAUCUGUAGAUAGAUUAACCAUUGAAGAAAUAGGAAUCAUAUCAAUGGCUUAUUUUCGAUAUGAAACUUCCCUUAAACAUACAAAUUUACUUCUUCAUAUAAUGACAGCUUUGGAAAACAAUAUUGAUAGUGUGAGCGAAAUGUCUUUAGCAGCAAUUUUAAAAAUUCUGAGAUAUAGUGUCAGUUUAAAACUCAUGCAGAGGUACAAUAUUCUUAUUGAACUAUUGAUAGAACAGAUUCCUAAAAGAACCUUAUUAACUUUAAUACAUGUAGCACACAUGCAGGCAAUGCUUUUAUUGGAUAAUGAAAAAUUAACCCUUGGAAUUGCAAAUAGGUACAUAAAUGAAGUACAGACUGCUAGAAUAAAAGAUAUUGAAAGAAUUUUAUUCACUUUGUAUAUAUUUAACUAUGGCCCUGAAAAAACCUUAUUUUAUGAUACAGCUUAUCAAGAAUUUUUAGAAUCUCGAAGAAAUAAUGAAAUCAAUAAUUUCCCAUUUUGCCUUGUAUACUCUGUGAUGUAUAUGCUUCAAGUAAAUUAUUAUCCUGAAAAACUGAUCAAAAAAAUUAUGGACCCUGAUUUCAUUAAGAACUUAUGCAACGGUGAUAUUCAUAAACUUGAUAGAGAAUAUAUUGUAAUACAUUAUUGUUUAGUACUUGAUCAUCCACAAUACAAUGGCCCUCUACUAAGAAGAGAUAUGCUUCAGUUUCUUAUUAAAAAAUGUCGAUCAAAUUCAAAAAUAGAUGUUCAUAAACAACAGAUUCCCAUGGUUGAGCGAAUUAUAACUGAUAUUGUACAUACAUGCAAGCAAAUGAUAGGCUUCGAUGAAGUUGCACAUGUUGAUUGUGUGCUGCCACAUUUUGUAAAUAAUGACAUAAUUCUUUGUUACAAUGAAGAUACAAAAGAGUUUUUUAAUCCAAAAAACAAAUUGGUAGAAAUGGAAGCAGGAACAUUGAAACAUGCUCCUAAAGAUGGAAAUAAGUGGAUUGCUUUAACUUUAGCUGGUCAUAAUGUUUUAACAAGAAAUUCAAAACACCAUACAGGUGCAAUGGAAGUCAGAUUAAGGCAUUUAAAAAAAGUGGGAUACACCCCUUAUGUUGUGCCAUAUUUUGAAUGGAUGAAUUUGUCUGAUUUUGAUCAAAAAGUAGACUAUAUUGAAAAACUUUUAAAUCUUUAAUGAUUACUUCAAUUUUAUAAAACAUUUUUAUAACGUCGAUUUUUGACGUCGCCAACUUAUUUUAUAUACCUUUUGAUGGAGUUAAUUUGUAUACAUUAGUUUUGGAAAUUAUAUUGUCAAUAAAUUGACAUCUUUUUAUAAAAAUUUGUGUGUUAUGUAACACCCUUAGUUGUUCAGUGACACAAAUUCAUACAAUAUGAAAACAAAAAUUAUUGGAAGUC